ACCUGAAUUGAGGCAAAGUGGCAGUUCAGGUGGCGAAAGAGAAGAAGUUCUCUUAUCUUCUUUGUAAGAAUAACGAAGCAUUCUAUUCUGCACUUGGGAGAAAGUAACAACAAUGGUGGCGGGAACUGCAACCUUGAAGCUUAAUCUCUCCGAUUUUUCUUCUCCAAUGUCAAGUUUCAGCGCUUCUUCCUCUUCUUCUUCAUUCCCCUUUCUUCUUUCAAUGCGAACCCCUUCUUCUUCUUCUAAACCCCGAUUUCUCAGGAUUUACGCCUUGACCAGCAACGACAUCAAGGUCGGCACCAACCUCGAAGUCGAUGGUGCUCCUUGGCGCGUGUUAGAGUUUCUUCACGUUAAGCCGGGAAAAGGCGCGGCGUUUGUGAGGACCAAGAUGAAGAAUUAUAUUACAGGGAACACGGUGGAGAAAACGUUUAGAGCUGGAAGCUCGAUUGAGCAAGCAGAUGUAUUCAAAGAAACAAAGCAGUUUACAUAUAAAGAUGGUGUUCAAUUUGUCUUCAUGGACUUGAAUACAUAUGAGGAGUUUCGUCUGGGUGAAAAGGAAAUUGGAGACAGAACAAAAUGGCUAAAAGAAGGAAUGGACUGUAAUUUGCUGUUAUGGAAUGGAAAAGUUAUUGAUGUUGAACUCCCUAUCACAAUCAAGCUUACUGUAGUUGAUGUGGAUCCAGGACUUAAGGGUGACACGGCCCAAGGCGGAACAAAACCAGCCACCCUCGACACCAGCGCUGUUGUCAAUGUCCCACUCUUUGUAAAUGUCGGUGAUGAAAUAUUGGUUGAUUCAAGAACUGGGCAGUACAUGAGCCGUGCUUAAGAUUUCGCAUCAAGUUUUGUAGUUGAAGUCCUGAGAAUUCUCAUUUGUUUUGUUCUUUUAUUUUUUAGGAUAUAAUUUACCAACGGAGAUGGAUUAAGUUCAUUAAGCUUGGCAAAUUGGCUGUGUUUUGUGACAUUGAGUUAAAAUUGUGUUGUAGUUUAGUUGCGAAACUAAAGCUCGUGGUGCAUUUUUACAUAAAAGCUAGCCAUUAUUAACCUUUGUUCCUUGCGAUGAACAGAGAAUAAAUUGAUACAGUUUAUGCA